UAUAAGUACAUCAAUGUGAGAAGACACACAGAUUGGGUGCCCCCACCUCCCACCAUCCGCACCCCGGACCAGGGCCAGGCGUUGAGCCUGCAGGGAUUGACCUGAAAUCAAAUCGAGACCCGUCAGCUGGCAGGCUGGUGCUCUAUCCACUGAGCCAGUCCGGCUAGGGCGAGGGGAGCUUUGAAUGGAGAGAAGAAGCAGGACUGUACGUGCUAGAGGUGGGGGCAGGGGAGGUUCAGACGACGCCCUCCAGGCAGCAGAGUGCGCAGGGCACCCCCUGUACCCUCUGGGCACACUAGGAGGGAUGGUGCCUGGUACUCCAGGACUGGGAUGCUUUCGGUGGGGCCGGUUUUAGAGGGCCACAGACACUAGGGCUCAGUGUCGUACCCCUCAGCUCGACCUUGACACCCUGUUUCUGGCUUGCUUAGAGGAUGCUCGCUCAGCCAGUGGUAGUCCUGGCACAGGGAGUAAGGGGCCAGUGACUGCAAGUUCCAACACAGGAAAGUGACAUGAGAUCAUCACUCCUUCACUGGUCGUGUGCCCUUUCCCAUACUUUGGAAAUGUUUCCUGCAUCGAUUUAUUUAAUUCUUAUAAGGAAACAAGGUGCCAUUAUUCCUAUUUGGUAUCUGGGGCAGAAGGACAUGAAGUAACUUCCUCAAGAACACACAUCUGGGCAGGGGGACCUGGGAGCCGGGAUUGGCUCUGCGCACUUGACCACAGGAGACAGGCGUUCACAGCAUGGGCUGGCAGCAUGCUAGACCUCAGGUUAGGCAGCCAUUUUUCACGGACAGGAUUACCCUUCCUGGGACACUAUUUGUCAACAGUGGUUCCAAUUUAAAAAAUAUCUAGGAACAACCAACGUAACAUUGAGGCUAUAUUAUUUUUAUAGACUGGUAAUGCCUAUUGUAAUUUUUCACACUUUUAGGAGAACGGUAAUGGCAUUGGGUUAUAUAAAGCUAACACUUCAGCUAUAGAGUGAAACCCUCAAGUCUGUAGAGACAUAAUUUUUAUCUUUCCACGUAAAGCUCCAACAGCUCUCAAAGGAAUCGGAUACUUAAAUAAAGGCCAUGGUGAGAGAAAAGAGAAAAACAGACAAAAAGGUGGAUAAAGCUGCCCACUCCCCCUCAUCUCUCAUCGACAAUCCAGAGCUUUCCAAGCAAGACGGCAAUUCUGCUCGACAAGUAGUGUCCCCAAUCAUCGCCCCACAGUUGGGUCAAAGCGAACCUGGAUCCAAAAGGGGGUCCAGAAAUGAGAAUCAGCAGGCGGAAGACACGUUUCAGUACGAAGACCCCAUUCUGACCAACCUCAUCAUCGAAAGCUAUGAAGGGGAGAAAGUCCAUGGACUCUAUGAGGGAGAAGGCUUUGCUGUCUUCCAGGGAGGCUGCACCUACCAGGGUAUGUUUUCAGAAGGACUCAUGCAUGGACAAGGGACUUACAUUUGGGCCGAUGGAGUGAAAUAUGAGGGGGACUUUGUGAAAAACAUCCCCAUGAACCGAGGCAAGUACACGUGGCCGGAUGGCAGCACCUACGAAGGAGAAGUGAUCAACGGCAUGCGCAAUGGCUUUGGUGUGUUCAAGUGCAGCACGCAACCCGUGUCCUACAUCGGCCACUGGUGCCAGGGCAAGAGGCACGGGAAGGGCUCCAUUUAUUACAAUGAGGAGGGCACCUCUUGCUACGAGGGGGACUGGGUUCACAACAUCAAAAAAGGCUGGGGGAUAAGACAUUACAAGUCUGGAAAUAUAUACGAAGGUCAGUGGGAAAACAACGUGCGCCAUGGGGAAGGCACUAUGAAAUGGCUGACAAUUAACGAAGAGUACAGUGGUCAGUGGGAGAAUGGUGUCCAGAAUGGUUUAGGAACACACACAUGGUUUCUAAAGAGAGUCCCCAACACCCAGUAUCCUUUGAGAAACGAAUACAGAGGGAAUUUUGUAGAUGGAUGUCGUCAUGGCCACGGGAAGUUUUACUACGCCAGUGGAGCCAUAUAUGAGGGGGAGUGGGUUUCCAAUAAAAAACAUGGCAUGGGCCGGAUAACUUUGAAGAACGGACGCGUGUAUAUUGGCCCUUUUUCCAAUGACCACUUAGCGGAGGUUCCAAGACUCGACGACGAUGAAUCACUACAAUACCAAGACCCGUCUGCAGCGCCUGACCUUGGGAGCAGGUCCAGAGCACUUUCCAGUGCCGAGAUUGUCAGAAGGCUUAACGGCAGCGAGAGCAUGUCUGUGCUGGGCUCGAGCAUCGAGCUAGACCUCGUUCUGUUGCUAAACAUGUACCCUCAGGGGGAGCAAGCAGAGGAAAAGAAGCAGGUGGAAUACGCUGUCCUGAGAAACAUUACGGAGCUAAGGAGGAUCUACAGCUUCUACAGCAGCCUGGGCUGUGAGCACUCCCCGGACAACACCUUUCUGAUGACGAAGCUCCAGUUCUGGAGGUUUCUGAAGGAUUGCAAAUUCCAUCACCAUAAGAUCACUCUCGCCGACAUGGACAGGGUAUUAAGUGAAUACAGUGGCAUACCAGUUGAAGAGAUUCAUUCUCCAUUUACAAAAAUACUUUUGAGAAUAUUUCUGAAUUAUCUCCUGCAGCUGGCUUACCACAUUCAUCACAAAGAAUUCCAACACAGAAGUCCCUCGCUCUUUCUGUGUUUCACCAAGCUGAUGACUGAGAACAUUCACCCCAACGCCUGCUACGUGAAAGGCAGUUUGUUCAGUGGGCAGCAGCAGUCACUCUACUCGAUGAACUACGCGGACAUGUGCUGGGAGAUCUACAAGGCGCACUGCAGGCCGAGCGCCAUGCCACCCCAUGAGCCCACCAUGAAGAUGCGGCACUUCCUCUGGAUGCUCAAAGAAUUUAAAAUGAUAAAUAAAGAAUUAACAUCAACCAAAUUUGUGGAGAUCAUAGCGGAAGACAAUCCUUUCGUGUGUGAUGGAAUUGACAGCAACCUGGAACUUGAGCUCGUUUUCCUGGAAUUCUUCGAAGCUCUCCUAAGCUUCGCAACCUUCUCUGUUACUGACCAAAUGAGCAAGUCCUACUUAAGUAUCCUCCAUGAUGACUUCCCUGCAAACAGAUACUGAUGGCUGUCCUUACUCCCACAUCAGGACAGAAGCCUGAGCGCAGUCACGAGCCAGGAAUCUGACCUGCAUUUGAACAGCACCAUGUCUACAAACAAGUUAGCGCUCUUCCUCGAUUUGGGCAAAAUCCAGACGACAGAGCCCAGGUUCAGGAAGUCACUAAGUGAUGAUAGAAUUUCCAAAGUGACUGUGAAACCUGCAGGAAAAGGGCUUACCUUUUUAUUACCUCAAAGUGAGAGAAAAAAAGGCAAGGAUGAGCAAUUCGAAAACAUCAACAUGUGGAUGAACUGCCUGUACAUCUUUUUUGUGGACACGCUCUUCCAAGCAUAUAGACAUGAGGAAACUCUCAAGGAGAAAGUAAAGGAAGACAAGCUACAGUACGCAGCCAUGGCCAAAGUGAGGAAGACGGAAAACGACGAGCUGGAAGCCAGGCUCAUGGUGUUGGGCUUGAAAGAGGAAAAGGUCAAAAGACAGGACGGCGUGGUGGACAUCAAUGUGAUCAAGGAGCCGAUGGACGUCACGUCCCUGCACUUAAUGCUGGCCCUCCCCAAGGAAGACCCGGUGCUGGGCCUGUCCAAGACCAUCGUCAGCAAGAAGAGGAAGAGAUAGAGGCGAGCGCAUUGGUGAAGGAGCCCCGGGAGCCCGGAUGUGCCAGGUCAGAGCCCGAGCCCAGAAUGCCCUCCUGGCUAAUAAAGCGGUG